AUGAAGCAAGUACCUAUUAUUCAAGAUUCAUCCGAUGAGUUCGAAAUAAAUAGUGUCAGACCUUCAAGCUCAUCCAAUGAAACUAUUCAAGCCCCUUCAACUGAUUGCUCAAAGAUUUCAUUUUCUUUGCCUCCCGCGAGCAAAUGUAUUUCAGGAUCUAGUUCUUCCAUACAUAAACUCCCAUUUGAUGUGAUUCUAGAAAUUUUCAAGCUUCUUCCAGCCUCCGACUUAUUGCACAAUGUUCCGGCUGUCUGUCAGUUGUGGUAUCAUGUGUCUUUGACCCCUGUUCUUCGCACCCGCCUUGUGUUACGACGUCAGAUACCAGCCGAAUUAAUUGUCAAAGCUAUUUCCAGUCGGCCGAUGCUUCGAGUUCUACGAUGUCUGGCACUUAAACAUGCGGAGUCUGUACUGCCGGAUGCUAUUAAACUUUGUCCUUUGCUUACAUGUCUUAAUAUAGGGUUUAGCACCUUGAGCGAGCGAGCAACAACUAUCCUCGUCAAUAAUCUCCCACCAACAUUACUGCAUCUCAACGUUGAAGGUGUAAAUAAUAUACAGAUUGAUUUCAUUACUACUUUAGUACUUAGGUGUCCAAAGUUAGAAGCACUCAAUCUGUCACAUUGUGUUUCAGUAUGUGAUACAUGUGUAAAAGUAAUUUCAAGUGGACUACACAAUCUACGCCGUCUUAACUUGGAUGGUGUUCUUUGGAUUACAGACACCGGUGUUUUACAUCUGGCCGACAGUGAAGCUGUGCGUAAUGGUAACCUUGAUGCAAUAUGGUUGGAUGGUUUUGAACUUUCAAAUUCCGGAUUAAAUGAAUUCAUUAUUCGAUUGGAAUGUGCUACGAAACGGAUAUUAGACGUUGAAGAUCUUGUAAAUCCAGAAAUUGGACACCGUAUAAUUGGAAUUCAACAACUGUGGAUUAGCUUUUGUGAUCAUGUUGAAGAUGAAGCAGUUAAAUCCAUAGCUAACCUUUCAAAUCUUGUCGCCCUUACAUUGCGGAAAACUCAUCAAGUCAGUCCUACCGGUUUGAGUUCAUUAUUUGUCUCCAAAAGUUUAAGUCCUUUGGACCAUCAAUUAAAGUUGAGGUAUCUUGAACACUUGGAUUUAAGUGAAGCUCCUGGUUUGAAUGAUUCAGUAGUGAUGGAUAUUUGUAGUUGCUGUGGUAAUCGCCUACGCUUUCUUACCUUAAACUGGUGUUGGGAAGUUACUGAUAUUGGUGUGAACCAAAUAAUUGAAAUAUGCAGUUCUUUACGCCAGCUAAGCCUUAUUGGGAAUUCUGUUAUUCAAGGAAAAGCAUUUGCUGAUAUCCCGUUAAAGGUACCUCAUUUAG